GAGGGAGGAGGAGGAGGUGCGCGCGCUGAGAUUGCCCUUGUGUCUAGAGCUGGGAAAGCGGCUGGUGUAGCGGAGCAGUCUCCCUGCGAGCUGAGGUGAGAGGCAACGUGCGAAGCAGCAGGAAGGCGAGCGCCGCAGCUGCCCGCCCGUCUCUCCUCAGCACCCGGACCGGCCGGAGAAGGGGCGGCCGAAGAAGGGAGCUUUCGCCGGUGUUUCCAGAAAGGGGCAGCCGACUCCUGCCGGCGACGGAGCGAGGGAGGAAGUGUGCAGCCGCGUGCCCCCCACCGAGGGAAGGACGGGCUUGGGGGGCGAACUGAAGAGGAGGGCGAAGCCAGCCGCCGCUUCUGCCGCCGCCGCCGCCGCUCGCCCCCAUUGCACCCCCGCGCGACCCUGGUCCUCCUCUUCACCCCGCUGGAUAGGCUGAGGGAGACACUGCGGCGGCGGAGGCGGCGGCGGAGGCGGCUCCUGCUGGGGGGAGGACGAGCCCAGCGAGAGGAGGAGGAGGAAGAGGAGAAGAAGAAGAAGAGGAGGAAGAAGGAAGAGGGAACAGCGGUCGCAGCAGCAGCAGGAGCUGCUGCGGGAUUCUCUGCCUCGCGCCCAACCAGCCCGAGGGAAACCCCCAGGAUGCGGCUGAAACCGAGCGUCGUCUUGCGCUUAUACAGCCUCUGCGGGAUCCUCAUACAAGUGGCUGCAACAAAGAGCAAAGCUAAAGGUAGCCAAGGGCAGUUUCCGCUCACACAGAAUGUUACAGUUAUCGAGGGUGAAACAGCAACGUUGACCUGUAGGGUUGCAAAUGAUAACACCUCCCUCCAGUGGUCAAAUCCAGCUCAACAGACUCUGUACUUUGAUGACAAGAAAGCUUUGAGGGACAAUAGGAUUGAGCUACUUCGAGCUUCAUGGCAUGAACUAACCAUCAGAGUCACUGAUGUGUCACUGUCAGAUGAAGGGCAAUACACCUGUUCUUUAUUUACUAUGCCUGUCAAGACUUCCAAGGCUUUCCUCACCGUUCUGGGUGUUCCAGAGAUUCCUCAAAUUAGUGGAUUUAUUUCACCGGUUAUGGAAGGUGACAGGAUGGAGCUUACAUGCAAAACUUCUGGUAGCAAGCCAGCUGCAGAUAUCAGAUGGUUCAAGAAUGACAAAGAGGUGAAAGAUGUUAAAUAUUUAAAAGAAGAGGAUGCAAAUCGGAAAACGUUUACUGUCAGCAGCACAAUGAAUUUCAAAGCAGAUCGCAGCGAUGAUGGCGCAGUCGUAAGUUGCAGAGUAGAUCACGAAUCUUUGAACUCUACACCCCAGAUAGCAAUGCAAGUUCUAGAAAUACAUUAUCUUCCGUCAGUUAAAAUAAUCCCUUCCACGUUAUGGCCAGAAGAAGGACAAUCUAUAACUUUGAUUUGUGAAUCCAAAGGAAAACCACUGCCAGAUCCAGUAUUAUGGACAAAGGAUGGUGGAGAUUUACCAGAUCCAGAAAGGAUGGUUGUCAAUGGUAGGGAGCUAAACAUUAAUUCCCUAAAUAGAACGGACAAUGGUACAUAUCGAUGUGAAGCAGCAAACUCUAUUGGCCUAAACAGCGCAGAGUAUGUUCUGAUUAUACAUGACCCCAAUGCUAUGGCUGAAAAGGACGCAACGGACCACGCUGUUAUAGGAGGGAUAGUUGCUGUAGUUGUUUUUGUCACACUAUGUUCUAUAAUUCUGCUUGGUCGAUAUCUGGCAAGACAUAAAGGUAGGAACAUAUUAACAAAUGAAGCUAAAGGAGGAGAUGCACCUGAUGCGGAUACAGCCAUUAUCAAUGCAGAAGGCAGCCAAGUCAAUGCAGAAGAGAAGAAGGAAUAUUUCAUAUAGAUGCAGACUUAGGUUCUCUGAGUAUUACUCACCAGGCUGACUGCUGGAGAAAAUUGGCUCUCAUCUUUCAGAAUUAAUUUCCCCCAUCAUAUUUUGCUACCUUUAUUAAUGUCACACAAAUGCUUUCAGUAGCCAGUUUAUACCAACAAUCAGCCAUGGACAGCAUUUCUUUCCUUUAAUUAUGGUACCAUUCAUAAUGCAGGACAUUUCUUAUUGCCUAAUCUUCAUAUCCAUUGCUCUCUUAACAUACAGUGCUUGAAUAUACAGCCUUAACAACUUUAAUCAUCAUCUAUUCAGUUUUUCUACAUUUUUUUAAAAAAACAAAAUGUUAUAUAGCAUUUCUUUUUGGUUUUAUUUUAUCAUGGUCCUUACCGGUAUUGCACCAGGCCAUUUUCAUAGCAAUUGUUCUGAAGGUGAGGACCUCAAUGUACUUACAUAAACAUUACAAGUAAAAUUAGAGGUUUACAAAGAAUGUUUUAUAUAUGUCUAUAAUUCAAAAAGCAGCCUAGUUUUGAAACAUUAUGCCCUAGGAAACACCAACUGAAAGCAUUCUAGUAUAAUUUCUUGUGUGUUUGCAAAUGAUAGCAAAGGGGUAUGAACAGACCUUUUAUUUUAAUGGCACAUUGGUACUAAAGCAACGUCUGGGUGGUAACCACAUCAUGCCAUUUGUCUAUACAGAAUCCACAGAGAUGGAUGAUGUACCUCCAUUUUGAUAAUGUUUGUCCCGCUCUUUUACUGCAUUUAGGAUCAUAAAGACUUCCGUUAUCUAUUUCUGUAACUUCUGGUUUUAAUUUAAUUUAUUUGAUUCACGUGGGCUCACCUGCCUUCUCAAAUUGGAAUGUUCAUGGGGCACAAUUGCAAGGCAUUUUAGUAUCUGUAUAUAGUGCAUAUAAUAAAUCCAAUUAACACAGUAUUUGAUACAUAUUUAACUUUUGGGGCUGUAGGUAAGUCAGUCACAAGUAAGCAUUUUUCUAAUGUCCAUUAUAUCCCUUUAGAUAUGACUUAAAUAAUAUUCUGAGUAGAUAACAUGUAUAGUACUUUUGUCUGUAUGUCCUAGCACUGUCAGCAGCAAACUUUUCUAGUUCCUGGUUUUUUUUUUUCUUUGUUAUACAAUGGAAGCACAAUGUUAUAUGAAGGUAGUUUUAAGCUAACAACCAGUGCACAGCCUCAGGUUUUAAAUUCCAACCACAUUAAUGAUUAAUGAUUAAGUUGCUAAAAUUUUCAAUAUAUAAUUGGCAGUUCCAGAGCUGCUUAUCAAUGUUGGAUUUGCCAAACACAAACAACAAAGUGUUACAACAAAAGCUCUAUGUUUUGUGUAUACGGUAAAUGGACUAAUUCUUUAUAUUAAAUUCCUGUCUAUGCAUUUUGUGAGGUACCAAACUAUGUCACGGUGAAUGAUAGAGAAUAUCUGCCAUGCUUUAGCUCCACAGUAAAGACCUCUUUUUGAGAUUGUUCUCAAAAUGUGGGGCAAAAUGACAUAUUAAAAGCUUAGUCACAAAUUCUAAGUUCUACCAUAAAAUAAGCUGAUUGGCUUGAUUCCUCUUCCAGAAAAAAACGUGAAACAUCACCAGAUGCGCUUACUGGUCCCAUGUCAGAAGAUUCAAAUCAGUAGCGAUUGCUGUUCAUCUCCUAAAUGCUGCACCUUAAAAUAAAAUAAUAAGAUUUCUAUAUGGAUGCUAUUACUGGUGAAGUCUAAAAGCAUAAUGGCCUAUUGUAAAGGAUUAUCUCCUGGGAUUUAUUUUUUGCGUGGGGGGGAGAGGGGAGGAGGGAGGGUUAUCAUUUUGAAUAUGACAUCAUGUGUCACAGUAAAUGGAAACAAAGGUGUUGUGUCAGAUUAUUUAUCAGAAGAGUAUACACCUUUUAAGGACAAUAGUAGUUUUUAAAUUGGUUUGUUGGAAAAAGAACAUUACCUUGUUAAUUUCUAUGAGAGAGAAAAAGAGAGACCAUCAAUCAAGCAGCACUUUUUCAAAGUAUACAGAACAUAAAUAAUAUGAUGUGGUUGAGUGUUAACAUAAUAAAUCAUAUACAGAUGCAUUUUAAAGAAA